GAAAGUGUGGGCGGCCGCCCGCAAUCGGCAUGGCGGCCAAAGGGGCCCGGCAGCGGCCGCGGGCAGGGGGAGGAGGGGGCGGUGUGGAGGCGGCCCGGCCGCGGCCGGAGGCGGCUGUUGCGGAGGAGGCCCGGGCAGAACCGUCCGGGAGCAAAGCAGGGCAAGUGUGGGCCCCUGAAGGAUCCACGGCCUUCAAGUGUCUCAUCUCGGCCAGGUUCUGCGCUGCGCUCCUCAGCAACAUCUCUGACUGCGAUGAGACCUUCAACUACUGGGAGCCGACACACUACCUCAUUUAUGGGAAGGGGUUUCAGACAUGGGAGUACUCUCCAGCCUAUGCCAUCCGCUCCUAUGCGUACCUGUGGCUUCACGCCCUACCGGCCUUGUUCCACGCUAGAGUCCUGCAGACUAACAAGGUUCUUAUCUUCUAUUUCCUACGAUGCUUCCUGGCAUUCCUGAGCUGUGUUUGUGAACUCUACUUUUAUAAGGCUGUGUGCAAGAAGUUUGGACUGCAUGUGAGUCGUCUGAUGUUGGCUUUCUUAGUACUCAGCACAGGGAUGUAUUGUUCAUCGGCAGCUUUCCUCCCAAGCAGUUUCUGCAUGUAUACCACAGUAAUUGCCAUGACUGGUUGGUAUAUGGACAAGACCUCUGUAGCAGUGCUAGGCGUAGCUGCUGGAGCACUAGUAGGCUGGCCCUUCAGUGCAGCUCUUGGGCUUCCUAUUGCCUUUGACUUGUUAAUACUGAAGCAGAGGUGGAAAAGCUUCUUAAACUGGUGUGUGGUGUCGUUGAUCCUGUUUCUGGUGCCCCUGGUAGUGGUGGACAGCUAUCACUAUGGGAAGCUGGUAGUUGCACCUCUCAACAUUGUUUUAUACAAUGUCUUCACCUCCCACGGACCUGAUCUCUAUGGUACAGAACCCUGGUCCUUCUAUUUCAUCAAUGGCUUUCUGAAUUUCAAUGUGGCAUUUAUUCUGGGACUGCUUGUGCUACCACUUACUUGUCUCAUGGAGAGUCUGCUUCAGAAAUUUCAUGUUCAGAAUCUGGGCCGUCCCUACUGGCUGACACUAGCUCCUAUGUACAUCUGGAUCGUCAUAUUUUUUAGCCAGCCCCACAAAGAGGAGAGGUUUCUUUUUCCCAUCUAUCCUCUCAUAUGUCUCUGCAGUGCUGUAGCUCUGUCUGCUCUUCAGAAGUGUUACCACUUCAUAUUCCAGCGCUAUCGCCUGGAGCACUACACAGUCUCUUCCAACUGGUUGGCACUGAGCACUGUCUUUCUCUUUGGCCUUUUAUCAUUGUCACGCUCUAUUGCCUUAUUCAGAGGCUACCAUGGGCCUCUGGACCUGUACCCAGAAUUUCACAGGAUUGCUACGGACCCAAGUAUUCACACUGUACCGGAGGGGAGGCCAGUUAAUGUCUGUGUGGGGAAGGAAUGGCACAGAUUCCCAAGUAGCUUUCUGCUGCCAGACAAUUGGCAGCUCCAGUUCAUCAUGUCAGAAUUCAGGGGCCAAUUACCCAAACCAUUUGCCAAGGGACCAAUGGCCACGCGGAUCAUUCCCACAGACAUGAACGACCAAAACAAGGAAGAGCCAUCUCGAUAUAUCGACAUUUCUAGAUGCCACUAUCUAGUGGACUUGGAUAUAGCAGCAGAAACCCCAAGGGAGCCAAGAUACUCCGCCAACAAAGAGGAGUGGGUAACCAUUGCCUACAAACCAUUCCUAGAUGCUUCCAGGUCCUCAAGGCUGUUGCGUGCAUUCUACGUCCCUAUCCUCUCAGAGAGGUACACACAAUAUGCAAACUAUACAAUUCUGAAAUCUCGGAGGUUGAAGCAAACCAAGAAAAAAAUGGGAGGCUAGUAACACACCUGGGUAACAAAAACCAACUGAUACUCUGGGACAGCUGCCUAAACCUUCUUCCGUUUCCUUUCUGAAAGACUGUGCUUGUAAGAUCCACUAGCAAAGAUUUCCAUGAGGUGAUUUCACUCUGCAGGUUUCCUGCUGUAAGAAGGAUACAUCAUCUGCUUUCAGUUCUCAGAGUCAGGUGUCUGCUCUGCCUGCACAGAACCUGUUGAUUUAGAACCAGCUGGAACAUCUAACACCACCUACAAACAUAUUAUCUUUGCUGCUCCCUGUGUUUAUACCUAUUAUACCAGAGAACAGAAAAAUGGAAAAUAAAAAGAAAUUACAGUAUCAGGUUCUGGUCCAGGUUGUGGUCUGGCAUGUGGAAAAUCCGGCUUUACUCCUCAUCUCUCUGAUCCUUAUCUGUUGAAGUGGUGUUCAGUUUCUUAUAGGGAUAUUUUUUUUUCCGACAACAGAUCUUACAGUUGCUUUCUGUUGUUUCUGCUUUUUCUUUUUCAAACCGAAAAGAAGGGGGAAAAAGGAAAGCACUUGAAAGACAAUUAACUGUGAAAUGCACUGAAUCAUUGAGUGAUGUAGCGUACACCAUGGAGAAACAACCUGAAGUUGCUCUGUACAGAAGAUACUCUCAAGGAAAAACUUGCACUUUUGGGAAAAAAGAAGGCUACAGCAAACUUACAAAUUGAGCCAAUUAUCUUUUCUCAGUGGGAGCGGGUUGCAUUUGUUAUAUAUGGCACUGUGAAACACAAAGGAUUAGCUCAUUAUUUAUAAUUUUUAAAGAUGCCUGUAACAUGCUUUCAGUCCUAAAUGCAGCUUCUUAAGUUUAUGGGUUAAGGCAGAGAAGAAAGGUUGAUUUUAUUUUAUUUUUUUAAUCUGUUUUCUGAUUAUACCAGGUAGAGUGUAUUUAUUCUGUUGUUCUAAUAUGCUCCAGAGGAAUGCUGUACUUAAUUUUGUCUUCAUUUUAAAAGCAUGCAGUAUUAUGGGCUUAAUGGAAUCGUUUUCAGCUGCUUUCUUGGAGUUGUGCAGGAAUAGGAUGGCAUGAGAUUGGAGCAGAGAGGAAGUUCCCUUUGCAGAAGAGGCUAUGCAAACUGCAUGCUUUGCUGAAAUUGAUUACAUGUGAUUACAUUAGAGUGUGUAUGCAGUGACAGAAUGCUGGUGCAGGAGGAUCAGGGAGCAGAUGGGUUGAUAUGCAAAUGGGAAAGCACCUGUUCUUGAGCGCCAUGUGUCAGUGCAGAAUAUUAGGCAGGUCUCAGCCAGUCUGCAGGUUAGCACCUGAACAGGAUGGCAAGGGCAAGUGGCACCAGCCGGGCUGUGAUCUAAUGUGAGACAGAGCAGGAUGAGAAGGAAUGCAGAGGUUGAACUGUAGGGGAAACUUGGAAAUGUAGGCAGAGGCAUUUUGAAUCCUCUGCCUUUCAUUUGGAAGAUUUUCAGCAGUACUGUGCUCUGGUAGAGACAGCCUAUGAUAAGAGCAAAUGCACUUUGGUUGAUUGCAGCACGGAGAAUAUAGUAUACUACCCCCACUGUAUGCAGAAACAGACUGAAGCUGGGACUGUGAAUUUAAACUUGGAAGGUUUAGGGUAAUCACUUGUGACGUUGGUGACCUGGCCCUGCUUAGAGAAUAGACUUUACCUUCUGUGAGUAUCCUAAGGGUCAAGCGUGGAGCUCAUGGAUUUCUGCUGAGCAGUUGGUGUGCUUGGUGAGCCAGUGUGGGGGUGAUGCUCACAGCAUUCCUUCCCACCCUCCAGCCUGCUCUUCCCCUCAUGCAAACAUACAUCAAACAGGGCUCAGUAGUGGUGAACCAGAACCAGAUCCGUGGCCCUUUUUGUUGCCUCUCCCCUUGCUAAUCUCUAACCUUAAAUAAACAAAUGUAGUUGAAGAAUCAGCUGCACUUCUCACUGGUGCUGUUUGUGUGACUGUUCCAUGCUGUUGUAGUCUUUGAUCUGAUGUGAAGACAGUCAGUGAAGAUGUGUUUUAAAUGGCUGUGGCUGUCCCACCUUCCUCUCUAGUUUAAUUCAUAAGUACGGGCUGUUGUACACUGUCCAGUUUAAAUGCAGUUGUGUGUGCAAAGAGGUUUGUUCCAAAAGGUGGAAGUGUGUCCAAAAAAAAAAAAAAAAAA